ACUUAAGCAGUGCAGCGUCAAGCUCCUCACACAGACAGACCGCGUCAAACCACCAGCAUGGCACGCCUGUCGCUCCUCCUCCUCGUGGUGGCUGUUGCCGUGUUUACUCCAAACAUUCGACAGUGUGAAGCCGGCUGGCUUGACCGUAUUAUUGGUGUAGCCGUGGAAACUACGGUUGACUUCGGAACUUACAACAUACUUGACAAGCCCUGCAACUACCGCGUGACGCCCCGCAUAAUUAAGUUUGAAGCGUACUUCGUGGGGCGUGUGUGGUGCCCAGGCUGGACAUCAAUCCAAGGGGAGUCUCUGACUCGCAGCAGGAGCAGGGUGGUGAACAAAGCUGUGGAAGACUUUGCCAAGAAGGCUGUCGCUGCAGGCCUCAUGACACAAGAGGAAGCUAACCCUUUGCUGAAUGCUUGAUUAUGUAAUAGUAUGCCGAACCUCUGGGGCACAUGGCUAUACCGCCAUCACUCAACCUCUGUCUCAGAGGACAUUGUAGAGAAGGAUUUUUUUUAACCUUUUCUAGCAUGUGAACCCUUUUACUAUUGUUAGAUAUAGACAGCUUCCCUGCACCCCUUCAAGCAAGGUUUUGGUAGUUCAGCAAACCAGAUGAUUAAAAAAAAGGUAUUGAUGUUACUUCGUUUAUUUCAUAAUAAAAGAAAUAAAAAAUGA